AUGCGCGCCUCUUCCGUAAUCAGCAGCCUCACGCUGCUCGCAGCCACAGUCUCUACCGCGCCUCUUGUCCGCUCCCGAGCUGCACAGGCAUCGGAUCCACCUUUCCAGGUCAGCAAGCUGGUCAUCGAUACUGUCGAGAAUGGCAACACAACCAUCAAGUUUAACAUCUACGACCCUGACCCACUCACAAACGCAACGGCCACAUGCUCUGGGUCUUGGAAGGCUGAUUCGACAGACUAUCCCAAAGAUACCUACGAACUUUGCGGCAACAGCACCUUCGCCUGGAACUUCGACUCGUUCGACAGCGUAGAGAAGUUUACACUUGGCCUGGAACAUCAAUUCACGGACCCAUCUGCCAGUGUCGGUGACCCACCCUACGACCAAGUCACCAACUUCGCCCACGCACCUGUCAACACCACCUACAUCUCGUGCGAUGGCGUUGGCAAUGUGUCGUGCAAGCAGACAAAAGCAGUCAGCGCACCCAUCUACGCAACCGUCGCGAAGCGGUAA